AGCAGAUCUCCAUUCGCAUCACCGGGAUAGACUGUCACGCGCGAGACGGGCAAAUAUACUCUUGGAAACAUGAGUGCGACUCUCCCAUACCGCGACAUCAACGUCCACGCGUCAGCAACAUAUUAUGCCUUCUCCUCGCCAUCAUCCCCAAACGCCCCAACAUUAGUCGUUGAUCGACCAUCUGGAGACUUGCGACUCAACGAUGGCAAAAUCACUGGUGGUCAUCGGGUCUCGAGCAUCUCGGGUAUUUUGGGCAUCAUCAAGUUACGACUGGACAGCUAUGUGAUUGUCAUUACCAAGUCGGAGCCCGUCGGACGUCUCAAAGGCCAUCAGAUAUACAAAGUCGUCACUACCGAAUUCCUGCCUCUCCGAGAGCGCCAGGUCCGGGACCCAGAUGAGGACACCUACUUGACCUACCUCAAAACAUUGCUCAAGAAUGGACCCAUGUACUUCUCGUACUCGUUCGAUCUAACCAACAGCUUUCAACGACAAGCUCACAGCGAUGGCAACGAACCUUUGUGGGAGCGUGCUGACGACCGUUUUUUCUGGAAUCGACACAUCUCUUCAUCACUGAUCGACUUCCGGUUAGGAAAGUCAGCUGGCAGAUUGUCCUCCGGUCCUCAGAAAGGCGUCGAUCCGUACAUUCUACCAGUGAUGUACGGGAUGAUGAGCAUUACUAACACUUCCAUCAAGGGCAAUGGCCUCACCUUUUGUUUGAUCACCCGACGAUCGCGGCAUCGGACUGGCACAAGAUAUCUCUCCCGCGGUAUCGAUGAGCAAGGCCAUGUCAGCAACUUCAACGAGACGGAGCAAUCUGUGAUUUUGAAUGACAACGCUUCUGGAGGAAUGACGAGCUAUGCCGGCGACCAAGGUUACUCAAAAGGCACAGCCGGCAGCGGUCGUGAGACUCAAGUCCUGUCAUACGUGCAGACUCGCGGAAGUGUGCCAGUCUUUUGGGCAGAAAUCAACACUCUCCACUACACGCCAAAGCUUCAAAUCCGUGGCGUAGAAACCGCGGCAAAUGCCGCGAAAAAGCACUUUGACGAACAAAUCUCCAUCUACGGCGAGAACUACAUGGUCAACCUCGUCAACCAGAAAGGCCGCGAAAUGCGAGUCAAAGACGCCUACGAACAAGUCGUCAAGAUUCUCCAAUCCUCGCCACAAGAAAUGUCCGAGGCGGACCAACGCACGCGGGAAAAAUUCAAUGUCAUCGAGCCAGGCGACAAACGCAGUUGGUACGAUCAUCUCCACUACGUCUACUUCGACUUCCACAACGAAACCAAAGGCCUGAAAUGGCACCGCGCCCAACUUCUCCUCGACCAACUCCAAGAAGGCCUCACCGCAGGCUCCUACUUCCACGGCAUCGAUAUGCCCUCUGGCGGCGUUGACGUCCGAAGGAAACAGACCGCCGUCGUCCGCACCAAUUGCAUGGACUGCCUCGAUCGCACCAACGUCGUGCAGUCAAUGCUCGGACGAUGGACCCUCACACGCAUGCUCAUCGAUCUCGGCGUUCUCCGCCCCGGCGAAACCGCCCAAGACGACCAGACCUUUGAACACCUCUUCCGCAACGUCUGGGCUGACAACGCCGAUGUCGUGUCGAAGACAUAUUCCGGCACCGGUGCGCUCAAGACCGACUUCACUCGCACGGGUAAUCGCACCCGCGCGGGUAUGCUCCAAGAUCUGAGCAACAGCUGUACGCGGUACGUCCGCAACAACUUCGCCGACGGACCGCGACAAGACGCUUUCGAUCUCUUCUUGGGAUCCUACUCGCCCGCCGACCAAGCGGGUAUUGGCUCCGCGGCACAGUUCGCCGAUCGCAGACCGCUGAUCGUGCAGGCUGUUCCCUACGUGCUGGGCUUCUGUGUGUUCUUCGUGCUGAUCAGCGUCUCGACGAAUCAAUUGCCGGACUCGACGAUUUGGCCGUUGAGGGUGGUGACGUUGUUUAGUUUGGCGGUGGCGGGAUAUGCGGGGCGGUUCAUGUGGAGUUAUGGCGCGCUUUAUGUCAAUUGGCCGAAACUCAAUACGCCGCAGUGGGCUGUUGAGGCGUACCAGGAUACACUGGACAGAGUUGGCAAGGAUCCAUUGCUCGGACAAUUUGUGGGAGUGAAGAGUGAGGGUCGCUUGGGUAGUCUCGAGGAGGGCAAGAAGAGGAGGGAGUAGAGC